AUGUCUCACUUUAUUCCCACCAUCUUGGCUGCCACCUGGUCGCAUUUACUUCACCCAACAGCAUGCGCCAUUUUCUUUUUUUCUUUUCUCUGUUCCUCUCUCCUACAUGUGUCGUUGUGUCAGUGCUUUUUUGUUGCUCUUGUUGUUGUUCUUCUUCUUCUUUUCUUUCUUUCUUUCUUUCUUUCUUUCUUUCUUUCUUUCUUUGCUUUCUUUAUCUGUCCUACAUUUGUCGUCAUUGUUGUGUCGGUGCUUUUUUGUUGCUCUUGUUGUUGUUGUUGUUGUUCUUGUUCUUGUUCUUCCUUCCUUUCCUAUCAUUCCUCUCUCCUCAUCGUUGUGGUGACGCUUUUUUUGCUGUUGUUGUUGUUGUUGUUCUUCUUCUUCUUCUUCUUCUUCCUUCCUUCCUUCCUUCCUUCCUUCCUUCCUUUCUUUCCUGUCAUUCCUCUCUCCUCAUCGUUGUGGCGAUGCUUUUUUUUUGCUGUUGUUGUUGUUUUUGUUGCUCUUCUUCUUCUUCUUCUUCUUCUUCUUCUUCUUCUUCUGUCUUUCUUUCUUUCUUUUCAUACCUUUCUUCCUCUCUCCUACAUUUUUCAUUGUUGUUGUCUUUGUUGUUCUUCUUCUUUUCUUUUUUUUCCUCUCUCCAACAUUUUUACCGCAUUUUCUUUUCACAUAUUCAUUUUCUUAUUCUUAUUUUAUCUUCCGUUUUCUUCUUACCUUCACCUUUUUUGCAUUUCUUCUUCUUCUUCUUCUUCUUCUCAUUUCUUUCUUAAUGUCAUUUUACCUUUCUUCUUCUUCUUGAUCCUCUUUUUAUUCUUCCCUAAUCCAUUUCCUUUUCUGUGUCAUCUUGAUUUUUCUUCUUUUCCUUUUUCCUAUUUUUUCUUUUUCUUUGUUCUCUUUCAUAAACUUCUACCUGUUUCUUCUAUUCUUUUCCUUCCUUCCUUCCUUCCUUCCUUCCUUCCUGUCAUUUUUUUCUUUCUUCAUCAUUAUUUCAAUGUUUAUUGA